AUGGAGAAUCUUAAAAAGAUUUCAGAUGAAAAAGAAAACAUUCUUUUAUUAUUAGAUGAAAAUGAAUAAAUAUUAAGAACCUUAGAAAAACAUGAUAUGAAAAAAGAAACAGAAAUUAAAAAAGUGAAUAAAAUGUAAGAAGAAUGGAAAAAUUUAUUAAAGAUUUCAUAAACUGUUGAAAAAGAUAUAAGUGGUCCAGUUAAAUAAGAAGCUGAUAAGACAAAAGAAAAGAUUAAGAAAUUUGAAGAAUAAUUAAAGGAAUAUUUACAAGGUCUUAAAAAAGAGACAUUUUAUUAAUACAAAACUGGUAUUAAAGAUUCAUAAGAAAGAUUUGCUGAAGUAUAAGCAUAAAUAGAUAAAUUUACAAAAACACUUUAAAACUAUGAAUAUUAUUCAAAAAUGUUCAAUUUUCCAGAUGAAGUUGUUGGAUGUUAAAAAAACUUAGAUGCUAUCAAAUAAGAAGUAGCUGCUGUUUAAUUAUUAUGGGAACAUAUUAAAAAAUGUGAAUAAAAAUUCUCAGAUUAUAAGAGAUAUAAAUGGGCAACAAUUGAUCCAAAUGAAAUGGAAGAUGAAGUGAAAAAGCUUCGUAAAUUCUUAAUUGAUAUGAAGGGUAUUGAUAAAAGAUCAAAUGUAUUCACUGGUAUUAAUGAAGAUUUACGUAAAUGGGGUACCUUCAUACCAUUAUUAACUGAAUUGAAAGAUCCAGCUAUGAACACAAGUGAUAGUAGACAUUGGAAAGAAGUUAAAGUUGUUGUAAACCAAGAUUUUGCUAUUGGAGAUGAUAUGGAAUUAGAUGUUAUUUGGAAUCUUAAACUUUUUGAUUAUAGAGAAAAAAUUGAAGAUAUCUCUGAAUAAGCUAAAUAAGAAUUAAAAAUGGAGAAGGGUAUUAUCAAAGUAGAUACAUUCUGGAAAGAUGUAUAAUUUGAAUUAUUGAAACAUAAGGAUACUGAUGUCAGAACAUUAAAAAUGUUAGAUGAACAUUUUGAAACAUUAGAAGAACAUUAAUUGUAGGUUAAUAAUAUGUUAUUGAGUAAAUAUGUGAAAUUCUUUGAGAAGGAUGUUGAAAAAUGGAAAUAAGAUUUAGGAGCUAUUUAUGAUGUUAUAUAAUUAUUAUCAGAAGUACAAAAGACAUGGUCAUUUUUAGAAAAUUUAUUUAUUUAAUCAGAAGAAGUCAAGAAAGAAUUACCAAAAGAAUCAGAAUAAUUUGUUGGAAUAGAUAAAAGUAUGAAAGAAAUUAUGGAAUCUGGUUGUUAAAUUAAGAUAAUCUUAAAGUUUUGUACUUAACCAAAUAUGUUAAAAUCAUUAGAAAAGAUCUAAGCUGAUUUGAAAGUUUGUGAAAAAGCAUUGAAUGAAUUUUUGGAUUCUAAAAGAAGAGCAUUCCCAAGAUUCUAUUUCGUUAGUGUUAAUGAUUUAUUAGAUAUCCUUUCUAAUGGUAAUUCACCUGCAAAAAUUAAUAGACAUAUGUCAAAGAUAUUUUAAGCUAUUGAUAAAUUAGAAUUAUAAGAAAAUGAUAAUGAAAGACCAUUUGCUAAAAAGAUGAUUACAUGUGUUGGUCAAGAAGAAGUUGUUCUAGUUAAACCUUUAUAAUUGUUAAAUAAAGUUGAAACUUAUUUAUAAGCUAUGAUUGAUUCUAUGAUUGAUACUCUUAGAGAAUUAGCUAAGAAAUCAUUUGGUUGUUAUGAUUCUAAGACAUGUCAAUUAUAAAUGGAUAGAAAAACAUGGAUAGAUUAGGAUCCAGCUUAAAUUGCAUUAUUAGUCAAUAAUAUUAUGUGGUCAGUUCAAGUAGAAGAAGCAUUUGCAAAAAUAGCAAAUGGAGAUAUGAAUGCACUUAAAGAUUAUUAUAAGAAAAGUGUUGAUGCUCUUACUGAAUUAAUUAGAUUUGUUAGAGGUGAUUUAAGUAAAUCUUUAAGAUAAAAAUUAAUGUGUUUGAUUACAAUGGAUGCUCAUUCUAGAGAUACUAUUGGAAAAUUGAUUGAUGAACAUGUUCGUAAACCAGAUGAAUUUUAAUGGUAAUCUUAAUUAAAAUUCUAUUGGGUUAAUAAUGAUGCCCUUAUUAGAAUUGCUGAUGCAUCUUUUAAUUAUUCAUAUGAAUAUUUGGGUAAUGGUCCAAGAUUGGUUAUUACUCCAUUAACAGAUCGUAUUUACGUCACAGCCACAUAAGCAUUACAUUUAAAGAUGGGUUGUGCACCUGCUGGUCCUGCAGGAACAGGUAAAACUGAAUCCACUAAAGAUUUGGCUAAUGCAUUAGCUAAAGCAUGUUAUGUGUUUAAUUGUAGUUCAGAAAUGAAUUAUGAAUCUAUGGGUAAUAUCUAUAAAGGACUUGCUAGUUCUGGAUGUUGGGGUUGUUUUGAUGAAUUUAAUCGUUUAUUACCAGAAGUCUUAUCAGUUUGUUCAGUCUAAUUUAAGGCAGUCACAGAUGCUAUCAAAUAAUAAAAAAAGACAUUUUUAUUCCCAGGAGGAGGUGAAAUUUCAUUAGAUCCAACUUGUGGUGUGUUUAUUACAAUGAAUCCAGGAUAUUUAGGAAGAGCAGAAUUACCAGAAGGAUUAAAAGCAUUGUUUAGACCAAUUACAGUGGUUGUACCAGAUUUAGAAUUGAUUUGUGAAAAUUGCUCCUAAAAAAGCAUAAUUUGUAGAUGGUGUUGGACCUAAAAAUAAUUAAUACACAGGUUAAUAAUUAGUUAAUUAUGUUACUAAUAAGAAUGAAGAAAUUAAUAAAUUAAUUGAUACAUCUAGAGAUAAUAUUAAUAUCAAAGAUAAAAAUAUAUAAGAAGAUGUCAAUAGUUUAUUAGAAGUUAUGGAGAAUCUUAAAAAGAUUUCAGACGAAAAAGAAAACAUUCUUUUAUUAUUAGAUGAAAAUGAAUAAAUAUUAAGAACCUUAGAAAAACAUGAUAUGAAAAAAGAAACAGAAAUUAAAAAAGUGAAUAAAAUGUAAGAAGAAUGGAAAAAUUUAUUAAAGAUUUCAUAAACUGUUGAAAAAGAUAUAAGUGGUCCAGUUAAAUAAGAAGCUGAUAAGACAAAAGAAAAGAUUAAGAAAUUUGAAGAAUAAUUAAAGGAAUAUUUACAAGGUCUUAAAAAAGAGACAUUUUAUUAAUACAAAACUGGUAUUAAAGAUUCAUAAGAAAGAUUUGCUGAAGUAUAAGCAUAAAUAGAUAAAUUUACAAAAACACUUUAAAAUUAUGAAUAUUAUUCAAAAAUGUUCAAUUUUCCAGAUGAAGUUGUUGGAUGUUAAAAAAACUUAGAUGCUAUUAAAUAAGAAGUAGCUGCUGUUUAAUUAUUAUGGGAACAUAUUAAAAAAUGUGAAUAAAAAUUCUCAGAUUAUAAGAGAUAUAAAUGGGCAACAAUUGAUCCAAAUGAAAUGGAAGAUGAAGUGAAAAAGCUUCGUAAAUUCUUAAUUGAUAUGAAGGGUAUUGAUAAAAGAUCAAAUGUAUUCACUGGUAUUAAUGAAGAUUUACGUAAAUGGGGUACAUUAUAGAUUUUGAUCCUUAAGUAAUGGUUAUGGGUAAUAUCACAGUUCCAACAAAAGAAACUUUAGCUACAAGUGAAUUAGUUAAAUAAUUUAUUUAUGUUUAACAACCAGUAUUAAUGAUUGGUUAAUCCGGUUGUGGUAAAACUUAAUUGGCUAAGGGUAUAUUGAGAGAUAUUGUAAAAGCUCAACCAGAUAAUUUUACUUAUUAAUUGAUCAAUUUCAAUUAUUAUACAGAUUCAACAUAUUUGUAAGCUCAAUUAGAAUAAUAAUUGGAAAAGAAAGCAGGUAGAUAAUUUGGACCUUAAGGUAAAGGAAAAUUAAUAUAUUUCAUUGAUGAUUUGAAUAUGCCUUAAUUAGAUCCAUAUGAUACUUAAACAGCUAUUGCAUUAUUAAGAUAACAUGCAGAUUAUGGUCAUUGGUAUGAUUUAGGUAAAUUGAGUUUGAAAGAUAUUAUCAAUACUUAAACUAUAGCAGCAAUGAAUCCAUCAGCUGGUUCAUUCUUUGUUAAUCCAAGAUAUUAAAGACAUUUUUGGACUGUUUCCAUUCCUAUUCCUGAUAAUGAAAGUUUGUUCUUAAUUUAUAAUACUUUCUUAUCAGGACAUCUUAAGAGAUUUAAACCAGCUGUUUCUGAAAAUGGACCUGCAAUUAUUAAAGCUGCUUUAUAAUUACAUACUAGUGUUAUUUAGAAUUUCAGAAAAACAGCCAUAAAUUUCCAUUAUGAAUUCAAUCUUAGACAUAUUUCAAAUGUUAUUUAAGGAUUGUUAUUAGCAGAUCCUGCUAAAUUUAUUGAUUCAGAUAAAUUAAUUAGAUUAUGGGUUCAUGAAUCUGAAAGAACAUAUGGUGAUAGAUUAGUAUCAAUGGAUAAUCUUAAUACAUAUAAAGCAUUAAUGUUUGAUUUGUUAAAGAAAUAAUUCACCAAAUUUAAUUUCAGUAGAUUCUUUGCCAAAGAUAAUCCUGAAAAUUUAAUCUUCUGUAACUUCUUAGCUGGUAUAGGAGGAGAUAGAUUUUAUGAUUAAAUGCCUAAUGAUAAAUUAGAACCAGUAAUCACUGAAGCAUUAAAAGAAUAUAAUGAUAACUUUGCUUAUAUGGGAUUAGUAUUGUUUGAAGAUGCACUUAAACAUGUAUGUAGAAUCACAAGAAUAGUGUUACCACCAGGUGGACAUUCAUUAUUAGUAGGAGUAGGAGGUAGUGGUAAAUAAUCAUUAACUAAAUUGGCUGCAUUUAUCAUGACAUAUACUCUAUUCAUGAUUACUAUAUCAAGCAAUUAUGGUAUGAAUGAUUUAAGAGGUGAUUUGUAAUUACUUUACUAAAAAUCAGGUGUUAGGGAUGAAGCUAUUAUGUUCUUAUUCAAUGAAGGUUAGAUAACAAGUGAAAGAUUCUUAACUUAUAUCAAUGAUUUAUUAUCUUCAGGAGAAGUAGCAGAACUCUAUAAUUCAGAUGAAAAGGAAGUUUUGAUUAAUCAAAUCAGACCUAAAGUUAAAGCUGAUGGUAGACCAGAUACAAGAGAUUCAUGUUGGGGAUGGUUUAUUGAUAAAGUAAGAUAAAAUUUACAUAUGACAUUGUGUUUCUCACCAGUAGGUGAAUCAUUACGUAAAAGAGCUCGUCAAUUCCCUGCUCUUGUCAAUUCUACUGUUAUUGAUUGGUUCUAACCAUGGCCUUAAGAUGCACUCUAUAAUGUUGCUUAAUAAUUCUUAAAAGAUAUAGAUGUACCUACAGAUUAAGUUAGAGAAGCUAUUGUUAAAUUUAUGCCAUUCUCAUUCAAAUUAGUUAAUGAUUUAUCAGUUAAAUUGUUAGAAUAAGAAAGAAGAUAUGUUUAUACUACACCUAAAUCAUUCUUAGAAUUAAUUAAAUUAUAUAUAUUCAUGUUGAAGACAAAGAAAGGAAUGCUUGAAAAGAAUAAGGAAAGAUAUGAAAAUGGUCUUAUUAAAUUAAGAUCUACUUAAGAUUUAGUGGCUGAAAUUGAAGUUCAAGUUAAGGAAAAACAAUAAGAAGCUGAAUAAAUUAAAAAUGAAGCCAAUUAAGUGGCUGAAGUAGUUGGUAAAGAAAAGGCUAAGGCUGAAAUAGAAAAUGCAAAGGCUGCAGAUGAAGAAGCUAAAUGUUCAACUAUUAAAUAAGAUGUUGAAUAGAAAAAGACAUCUACUUAAGCUGAUUUAGAUGCUGCUAUUCCCUUAGUAGAAUAAGCCAAAGCUGCCUUGAAUGGUUUGAGUGAAAAAGAUUUCUAAGUUGCCAAAAACUUUGCUACUCCACCUUCUGGUGUACCUGAUGUAUUCUCAGCUACCAUUUUCUUAUUAGCUGGUUUCUAUAAUGAACAAAUUGAAAUUGAUCCAAAAUCUAAGAAACCAAAAACUUAUGAUUGGAAGAGUGCAUAAAAGAUGAUGCAAAAGCCUAAAGAAUUGUUAAAUAAACUUAUGGGAUUCAAAGAUAUUGUUGAUGCUAAUCAAGUACCACCAACUAACGUUGAUUUUGUUAAGAAAAACUAUUUGAAUUUAGAGCAUUUCAAUGCAUAAACUAUGGCUAAUAAAUCAUCAGCUGCUAGAGGUCUUUGCGAUUGGGUUAUUAAUAUUGUCAAAUAUUAUGAUGUCAUCUAAAUUGUAGAACCUAAAAGACAAGCUCUUAAAGAAGCCAUUUAAUAAUUAGAUGAUGCCAAUGCAAAAUUAGCUAAAGUUUAAGAAUAAGUCAAAGAAUUAAAUGAUAGAUUGGCUGUUUUGACUGCUGAUUAUAAUAAAGCUAUGGCACAAUUAUAAGCAGCCUUAGAUUAAGCUGCUAAAUGUGAAAAGAGACUUAACUCUGCUAAUCGUUUAGUUAAAGCUUUGGGAAGUGAAAAUGAACGUUGGGAUUAAGCAAUUAAAAUGUUAGAAGGUUAGAUACAAUUAUUAAGUGGAGAUGUAUUGGUUUCUGCUGCCUUUGUCUCUUAUGCUGGUCCAUUCAACAAGAGAUUUAGAGAUGUUAUGAUUAAGGAUUAUUUCCUUAAAUUCAUUAUUGAUAAUAAGGUUCCAUUAAGUAAUAAUGCUGAUCCAGUAAAAUUAUUAACAGAUGAAAGUACUAUUGCCAAAUGGAAUCAAUAAUUAUUACCUAGUGAUGCUGUAAGUACUGAAAAUGGUACUAUCUUAACUAACUCUGAAAGAUAUCCAUUAAUUAUAGAUCCUUAAUUAUAAGGAAUCAAAUGGAUUAAGGAGAAGGAAUCAGCAAAUAAUAUGAAGAUAUUACGUAUUGGUUAAAAAAAUACAAAUAGAUAAAUUGAGUUCUCUAUUUAAUCAGGUAAUCCAUGUUUAAUUGAAAAUAUGGAUGAAAGAAUUGAUGCUGUAUUGAUGCCUGUUAUUGCAAGAUAAUUUAUAAUCAAGAGUUCAGGAUAAAAGAAGAUUAAAUUUGCUGGUUAAGAAUUAGAUGUACAUCCAAAAUUCUAAUUAUUUUUACAUACAUAAUUGAGUAAUCCACAUUAUCCUCCUGAAAUAUAAGCAGAGGCUACUCUCAUCAAUUUCACUGUUACUGAAGAUGGUUUAAGUGAUCAAUUAUUAACAUUAGUAGUUGGAAGAGAAAGACCAGAUUUGGCAUAAAAGAAAGUGGAAUUAAUAUAACAAUAAAAUUCAUUUAAAAUUAAAUUAAAAGAAUUAGAAGAUGAAUUAUUAUAUAAAUUAGCUAAUGCUGAAGGUGAUAUUUUAGAAGAUAUUGCUUUGAUUGAAAAUUUAGAAUAUUCUAAAAAGAUCUCUACAGAAAUUGCUGAAAAAGUAGAAAUUGCUAAAGCCACUGAAGCUAAAAUUAAUGAAACAUCAGAAUAAUAUAGAAAUGCAGCUGCUAGAGGUGCUUUAAUUUAUUUCUUGUUAACAGAUUUAUCUAAAAUUCACUCUUUCUAUAAGUAUUCAUUAGAAUCUUAUUUGGUUGUUGUUCAUAGAGCUAUUGACUUGAUUUCUGAGCAUAAACAUGUUCAAACAGGUGUUAUGUUAGAUGAAAAAGCAGCAGCUUAAAUUGAUCUUGGAAAGAAAAAGGAAGGAUAAGAAGAUGGAGAAGAAGCUGAAGGAGAAGAAGAAUAAUAAGAAGAAUAAUAAGAAGAAUAAUAAUAAGAAUAAUAAUAAGAAGAAUAAUAAUAAGGUGAAUAAUAAGAGGGAGAAUAAGGAGAAGGUUAAUAAGGUGAAGGAGAAGAAGGUGGAGAAGCAAAAGAAGGUGAAGAAGGAGAAUAAAAAAAAGAAGAAUAAGUUGAAGAAUAAAAGAAAAAUGCUGAUGAUGAUCAAUUAACUCCAUAAUCUUUGAGAAAGAGAGUUAAUUAAUUGAUUGAAAGUAUUACCUACACUUCUUUCUAAUAUGCUAGAAGAGGAUUAUUUGAGAGACACAAAUUGAUUGUUUCAACUAUGCUUACAUUAAGAAUCAAUUUGAAAGCAGGAAAAUUACCAAAAGAAUAAGUUGAUCAUUUAAUUAUUGGUAAAAUUGAAUUAAAUCCACCUCCUAUGCCUGAAUCAUUGAAAUCAUUUUUGAAUGAUACUAUAUGGGCAUGUUGUAAGGCUUUGGAAUAAAUUCCCGAAUUUAAUGGCCUUGGAUAAAGUUUAGAAGUCGACAAUCUAUAAUGGAAGAAAUGGUAUAAUGAAGAAAAGGCUGAAAUUAGUGAUUUACCAAAGGCAUUCAGUCAUCUUAAGAAAUUCCAUAGAUUAUUAUUAUUAAGAACAAUGAGACCUGAUAGAUUAACAUCAGCUAUGGCUAAUUAUGUUGCUGAAGAGAUGGGAGAUAAGUAUGUUGAAUAACCUCCAUUCUCCAUCUUUGAAACAUUUAAUGAAAUGGCUCCAACUACACCUGUUUUCUUUGUAUUGUUCCCAGGAGUAGAUCCUACACCUGAAGUUGAAAGAGUGGCUGCCUAAUAUGAUAUUACAUCAUUUAAUGGAAAAUUCAUUAAUAUCUCUAUGGGACAAGGUCAAGAAGAAAUUGCUAGAAGAGCAUUAUUAGAUUGUGCUGUACAAGGACAUUGGAUUAUGUUACAAAAUGUACAUUUAAUGUAAAAUUGGUUAACAGGUCUUAAUGGUUUAGAAGGAUAUCUUGAAACUGUUUAUGCUAAACAUCAUCCAAACUUUAGAGUUUUUAUUUCAUCAGAACCUCCUCCUCUACCUGAAAUGAAGAUUAUUCCAGAAUCUAUUUUAUAAGCAUCUAUUAAGGUUGCUAAUGAAGCACCAUAAGAUUUAAAGGCAAAUCUUAGAAGAGCAUAUGCUCACUUUGAUUAAGAAUUCUUAAAUAAAUGUUAAAAGAAACCAUAAGAAUUUAAAGCAUGUUUAUUUGCUUUAUGUCAUUUCCAUUCCUUAGUCUUAGGUAGAAAGAAGUUUGGUGCUUAAGGUUGGUCAAGAAUAUAUAAUUUUAAUGAUGGUGAUCUAACAAUUUGUGCUAAUGUCUUGUAUAAUUAUUUAUCUAAAUAUGAUGUUGUUCCUUGGGAUGAUUUGAAAUAUAUUUUUGGUGAAAUUAUGUAUGGUGGUCAUAUUACAGAUGAUUGGGACAGAAGAACCAAUGCUACAUAUUUGAAAGUCUUAAUUAAACCAGAAUUAUUAUAACCUGGUUUUAAUUUAGGUCCAGGAUUCAAAUCACCAGAUCCUUCCAAAUUUGAAUAUGAAUAAUAUAAAGAAUACAUUGAAAAGAAAUUACCAAUUGAAUCUCCAUAAAUGUUUGGUAUGCAUCCAAAUGCUGAAAUUGGUUAUUUAACUUAAUAAUGUGAAACACUAUUCAGUACCAUAUUAGAUGUUUAAGGUGGUUCAAGUAGUGGUGGUGGAGGUAAAAAAGAUGAUGGAGUUAUGACUUAAUUAACAUUAUUAAAAUCUACAACUCCUGCUGAUACUAAUUUAAUGGAUGUUACAGCUAAAGCAUCAGAAAAAACACCUGAUCAAAUUGUAUGUUUAUAAGAAUGUGAAAGAAUGAAUAUUUUAUUAGGUGAAAUCAGAAGAUCACUUGAAGAUCUUAGACUUGGUUUAACUGGUGCAUUGAAUAUCACAGAUUAAAUGGAAGCAUUAUCUCUAUCAUUACAAUUCAAUAAAGUACCUGCAAACUGGGAGAAAUUUGCUUAUUUCUCAAGAAAAGGUUUGGCUGCUUGGUUCAAUGAUUUAAUUGAAAGAACAAACUAAUUAGCAGUUUGGACAUAAGAAAUGGUUACUCCUAUUUCAUUGUGUAUUAGUUAUUUGUUUAAUCCUAUGUCAUUUUUGACUGCUAUCAUGUAAAAGACUGCUAGAGAAUAAGGAUUACCUUUAGAUGAUGUAAGAUAUUAUUAUUUAUAUUAUUUAGAUGGUUUUAUAAACAAAUGUGACAGGUGCCAAAGGACAUGAAGAAGUUACUGUUCCAGCUGAGACUGGUGCUUUUAUCCAUGGUUUAUAUUUAGAAGGAGCUGCUUGGGAAUUAGGUGGUUAAGGAUAAGAAGGAUAUUUAAUAGAAUAGAAAUAGAAGGAAUUACAUCCAAAAUUACCAGUUGUUAAUGUGAUUGCUGUGACAGCUGAUAAAAAGAAGAAGAUUGGAUAAUAUUAAUGUCCAGUGUAUGUGACAUCAAUGAGAGGACCUACAUUUGUAUUUACAGCAAAUCUUAAUAUGGAAAAUGAAGAUUCAGAUGUUUCAAAAUGGAUUCUCAGUGGUACUUGUCUAUUGAUGAGUGAUGAUUGAG